AUGGCGACAAGCAGACCGCUGACGACAGAUGAAAAAAUUUGGUGUUUUGAAGUAACAAAUCCAGUGAAACACAUCAAAGGCUUUACAAUCUACCAAGUAUCAUGUAAGAUCAUUCACAUUUCUGCACCAGAGAAAAUAACUGAGAUUGUGGUAUGGAAACGGUACAAUGAUUUCAAACAAUUGUACAAGUCUAUGAUAACUCUUCAUAAAGCACUUCACCGAAAAGAAGAGUUCCCAGAAUUUGCAAAACCAAAAUUUUUUGGCAGAUUUGCCGAAUCUGUCAUAGAAGAAAGAAGAACAAGUGCCUUGGAAUUAUUGAACUUCAUUGGUCACCAACAACAUUUGUACAAAUCUCAACUAUUUCAGAAAUUUUUGGAGAGUAGUGAAAAUGAUGAAUUUAAUACAGUGGAAGGAAGAAGUUGUCCUGUCUCGAUAAAACCGACAAAUGGAGGAGGUGCAUCCAACGCAACUGCUGAAACCUCAAGCUUUGAAUCUGAUUCUGAACUUUCACUUGACCUCUCCUCUUCUGAUGCAAAUAAAUCUCAUGAAGUGUUAGCCUUGAACCAGCAGGACUCGUAUACUGAAAUCUCUCAAAAACAGGAAAAUCAUAUUUCAUUAAAAACCUCCACAAGUGCUAGUGACAUCUGUAAUGGAGUAUGGAGUCACCCUCAGAUUCCCGAUAAUAUCAGUAUUACAUCAAUGGAAGACGAGGAAUUGGAAGAACUUGAUAGGGAUGUUAGUGUUGUAUUGGGCACGCCAUUGCCUGAUGCUGACAUCUCCUAUUUUGACCCCCUGCAACCAAACCAGGAAGAAGCGGUCAGCUCAAGCCAUGAAUUGGACACUGACAACAUUUGGCUUUUGUCAGCCCUGGCAACAAAUGUCCUGCCUUUUACCACUGAGAGUUUAGUGUUGGACCCCAACAAAGACAAGAUGCCUGAUAAACAUUUGGAAGAAAGGAACUCCUUUCAUCAGUGCCAUUCUCAGCAAGACUCCAGUGUGGCCAGUGAUUCUAAGGAAAGCCCAGCCAAGGAAUUGGACACAGAAAAAACAUCCCAAAUUGACAUUUCAGCUUUUGAUCCUCUUGAAGAUGUGUCACAUGCAAAAGUAUCAUAUACAAAGGGAGAUUUCGACAUCUCUCUUAACUUACCGCCAUUAACGACUCAUCCGAGCUCACCAGAAAGAAAUGAUUCUUCCACGACUGCCGCUAAGUCGUCUGCAAGUUUUAGCCCAAAGAUCCAGCGAUCACGAUCUAGCUCAAGGUCGAGUGAAAUGUCUUUAAAAGUUGGUGGCAAAGAGGAUUACAUCUAUGUUGCUGCCAACCAAAUAUGCCAGGCACAGGAAUGUGAAGCAAGUGGCAGACAUGAAAUGGCAUUUGCGUUCUACAGAAACGGUGUCGGAAUCUUAUUACAAGGUGUUCAGGGAGAUGGAAAUAAAACCCGCCGGGAAGCUGUUCGUCGGAAAACAGCUCAAUAUCUUAUGAAAGCUGAGGAACUCUAUAACAGACAUCUUGCCAAAGACAGUAACGAUGAUAGAAGAUGGGCCCUUGAUUGUACAUUAUCUCCUCCAAUGGAACUCGACCCUACUUUGGCAUUUUUAAGGGCUCCCCUCUGUGAAUUGCGAAAUUACAAAGUGCUUGGAACUAUUGAUAAAGUGCUUCUUGUUUUGGAGAGGGGAACCAAUGACACAUAUGUAAUGAAAACCAUCCACAAGUCUGGCACUGAAAGGCUUGACGUGAAAAAUAUAUUGCCUAGUUUUUGUCCGUUUAUGGUUCAACUCCACAAAUUCUACGAAGGAACUGAUGCGAUAUACCUGCUUCUGCAUAUGAUCCCUGAAGGUACUGAGACACUUUCUUAUUCACCAAAGAGAGAUAAAAUGGACAUUAAAAGUAAUCAUUUAGAUGAAGUGUUUCUUUCUUCCCCACAAGAGUCUGGAGAAGGAGAAGAUGACAAGCCAAAUUCUACUUGGUCAAAAUAUUCACCCAAAUUGAUAAAAACUAGCAAUCCGCUUUUAGGCACUGUGCAUAAUCCCAAUGAAAAACUUUGUGUUGAUUCUUCAAUAUCUGUGAUAAAAACUGAUUCAGCCGGUGCUUCGGCGGCUUGUAUACAUGAAAGCAAUGACGGCUUUGAUGACAUUGAAUCCAACAGAAACACUGAACCGCAUGAUGCUAACAAAUACGCUGAAGACUUAACGAAAGUGUAUUCUUUCUCCUCAAAAGAAACUCCCUUCCCCCAAAAUGUUGACAAAACUUGCAAACCUUGCUCAGUGGAGGCCCUUCCCCUGUGCAAGAAAAAAAUGGCACGACCCUUGACACCUCAUGACCAAAAUGUAAGCUAUGAUGUUGCAUCUGGAAAUGACUUAGCCGCUCGUUCUCAAAAAGCCAUGAGUUGUAGUUGCUAUGUGGCCAGAAAUACAGAGCAAAACAUGACGACCCAUAAACAUUCCUUUACAGAAAUUUGCCGUUCUGCUUCUUUUGAAAGUAAUCUGAAGUCACCAUCUAAGAAUAAAUCUCGAAGAGUUUUUGAAGAACUGGAUGGCAUUGGUAAUUGGCCAUCAGAAGCUCUUUUACCAGAAUCUUGCAUAAGAAAUUGGGCAGCUGAAAUUGUAGUGGCACUUGCUUAUUUACAUGCUCAGGGAAUUAUUUGUAGAGAUUUAAAGCCAGCCAAUGUAUUGCUUGGUGAUAAAGGUCAUAUUUUGAUAACCUACUUUUGUCAAUUGAACAAUGUGGACAAACUGUUGGAUGAAUCGGCAGUGGAAAACAUGUACACAGCACCAGAGCUUCGUACCAUAUCCAGUUAUACUGAAGUCUGUGAUUGGUGGAGUUUUGGUGCCUUGUUGUAUGAAUUACUUUCUGGAAAGGAAGCACAAGGAAUUUUGGAAGAACUGUUGUGUUACAAUCCAAGAGAACGUCUUGGCAGCGGAAUAAAUGGUGCUGAAGACAUCAAGGCUCAUCCUUUCUUUGCUGGCAUCGACUGGAAUUACUUAGAGAACAAUUACAAUUAA